CGAAUAUUUACAUUUUAAUUAUCUUUAUUCAUUGUUAUCAGUUAACAAUUAUACAGUAAUAAGUUGAAUUGCAAAAAGAAAAAGAAUGACAAGUGGACCACAACCUCAUAAUUUAAUAGGACCUUCAUUAGUCAAUAGAGGAGGUAAAGCGAUGGACUCAUUUUUGGACGCUUUUUUCGCUUUGGAUACAGAUAAUCGUGAAGUGAUAUCAUUAAAUGAUUUAAGUUCAUAUAAUAAAAAACAUGGUCUACAAGAUAGUUUUCCAGAAACAUUUCUUCGUCGGUUUGAUGCUGAGAAAACUGGUGUUAUAACAUUAGAACAAUAUUGUAAAGCAUUAGGUCUUGUUCCAAAACAAGCGCGCGAAAUACGAAGACGACGUACAACAGUAUUAUUAGAACAAUUAAUGCCACGAGAUUUAGAAACGAUAUACGAUGAUAUGGAUUUAGAAAUGAAAGUUAAAGUUAUGGAAUUAUUUAUUGAUGAUCUACGUGAAUCUGGUCGUAAAACAAAUAUUGAUAUGGAGAAAUUAGAUCAAGCUAUGCAACGUUUAAAAGAAUAUUUCGAUACACGUUAUGGUAAAUCAUGGCAUAUUAUAACAUCGGUUAAUCAACAUUUGGGAAGAUUUAGUUAUGAACCCAAUACAUUAUUUCAUUUUUGUUUAGGUAGAUUCGCUGUAUUAAUAUGGAAAACACCAUGUUCUGCUUAAUUUAUUCUCAUAAUGAUUGAAUGAUUAAAAACUAUUUCAAAAAAAAAAGCCAGUUAAAAAGACCCUAUUAACAAUAAUAUUCAAUUUGUUCUUUUAUUCACUUUUUUUGGAAUUUCAAUGUUACUACUUUAAAUUAUAUGAGUAGUUUCUUGUAAUAUUGAAUUAUUUUCUCCCUAAUUCUGUAUGUAUUCUAAAAACUUCUGAUAUACUUUUAUUUCAAAGGCAAUUAGGCUUUCUUAUAUAACUAUGCAUAUACAUGUAUUACCUUUGUGAAGUUGAAAUAUGUUACACUGAGAUAAAUUAAUCAAAGGUAAGACAAGUGCACAUGCAGGUACUACUACUACUACUACUACUA